GGAGCAGCUUGGCUCCGGAGAGGCUGCUGAACCGCCGGUUGGGGGACACGGGGGUAUCUGCACGGUUCCAGGGUUUUCUUUUCUCACUGAAGUUGCGGCAGUGGCGCCGCUCUCUGCGUUACUGGUCCCUGCCCAGGUUCGCGCGGUUCCUCGCUGUGAGGACGGUACUCGCAUUCCCCACAGGCUGGCAGCGCGACCCCGGCGUGUCGGGGAUGGUUUUGCGCGCCCCGUGGCUGGCCCCGGGCUUGCUCUGGCCUGAAGCUGGGGGGCGCUGAGGCUGAGAGGAGCAGCUGCUCAGCAAUCCGCCCCGAGGCCCGGACUGCAAGACUCGGCUUCCAGAGCUUCGGGCCACUGUCUUUAGCGCACCGGGAGCGCCACUGUCCUUGUGGGCAUCGGAGCCAGGGCUACACCACCCAGACACGCUGACUUCCAAGGGGUUCGGCUAGAAACUCCGGGCCAUCCCUGAACGCCGACUCCUUCUCCUCGCCGCCCCCAUCCCUCACCACUCCCAGAGUGUUCCUCCCUUGGCUCAUUCCCAGGCGACCCCUGAAGCAGCUGCAGCUGGAUUCCACACUUCAUGGGCGGGCCGCAGGGGCUCGGGCGCCUGCCUAGCUGGUUGCCAAGAGCCCGGUGAGCAGCGGGUCCAGCCCGUCGAGCGCGCCCUCGGGGCGGAGAGCGCCGCUCCAGCCAAGGCGAUGCCAGGGUGGCUGCAAGCCGCCGGCCGCUUGAGGCCCUAGGCAGGCAUGGACCUGACUUUCCAGCUCUAGGGACCCCCGAGCUUCGCCCUACUGCUCGGACUAGCAAGGACCCACGACAGGAUGGCUUCGGAAGUGGUGUGCGGUCUGGUCUUCAGGCUGCUGCUCCCCAUUUGCCUGGCAGUAGCGUGUGCAUUCCGAUACAAUGGGCUCUCCUUUGUCUACCUUAUCUACCUCUUGCUCAUUCCUCUGUUCUCAGAACCAACCAAAGCAACGAUGCAAGGACACACAGGGCGGUUGCUCCAGUCCCUGUGCCUCACCAGCCUCUCCUUCCUGCUGCUGCACAUCAUUUUCCACAUCACACUGGCCAGCCUGGAAGCUCAGCAUCGCCUCGCCCCUGCUUACAACUGCUCGACGUGGGAAAAGACCUUCCGGCAGAUUGGCUUUGAAAGCUUGAAGGGAGCUGAUGCUGGCAAUGGCAUCAGGGUGUUUGUGCCUGAUGUCGGGAUGUUCAUUGCAAGCCUGACCAUCUGGCUGGUCUGCAGAAACAUCGUUAAGAAACCAGACACGGAAGAAGUAGUCCAGCUUAAUUCUGAUUGUGAAAAUGAAGAAUUGGCUGGAGCAGAAAAGAUGGAUUCAGAGGAGGCACUGAUCUAUGAGGAGGACUUAGAUGGAGAAGAAGGCAUGGAGGGCGAGCUGGAAGAAAGCACAAAACUAAAAAUGUUCCGCAGGCUCGCCUCCGUCGCCUCCAAGCUGAAGGAGUUCAUCGGCAACAUGAUAACCACGGCAGGCAAGGUCGUGGUGACCAUCCUGCUGGGCUCCUCGGGCAUGAUGCUGCCAUCCUUGACCUCAGCCGUGUACUUCUUUGUGUUUCUGGGUCUGUGCACCUGGUGGUCCUGGUGCAGAACUUUUGACCCGUUGCUGUUCGGCUGCCUUUGUGUCCUGCUGGCAAUCUUCACUGCUGGGCACCUGAUUGGGCUUUAUCUGUACCAGUUUCAGUUCUUCCAAGAAGCGGUCCCACCCAAUGACUACUAUGCAAGGUUGUUUGGAAUCAAAUCCGUUAUCCAAACGGACUGCUCCAGCACCUGGAAGAUCAUAGUGAACCCAGAGCUGUCCUGGUAUCACCAUGCCAACCCCAUCCUCCUGCUGGUGAUGUACUACACGCUGGCCACGCUGAUCCGCAUCUGGCUGCAAGAGCCCCUUGUGCAGGAUGAGAUGGCAAAGGAAGACGAGGGCGCCCUGGACUGCAGCUCUACUCAGAACACGGCAGAGAGGAGGCGGAGCCUGUGGUAUGCCACCCAGUACCCAACAGAUGAGAGAAAACUUUUAUCCAUGACCCAAGAUGACUACAAACCAUCUGAUGGCCUGCUGGUGACCGUGAAUGGCAACCCUGUGGACUACCACACCAUCCACCCCAGCCUACCCCUAGAGAAUGGUCCUGCCAAGACUGAGCUGUAUACUACUCCCCAGUACCGAUGGGAGCCCUCGGAGGAAUCCUCAGAAAAGAAAGAGGAAGAUGAGGACAAGAAAGAAGGCUCCGAGGGAGAAGGGAGCCAGGAGGAAAAGAGGAGUGUGAGAAUUCAUGCCAUGGUCACGGUGUUCCAGUUCAUUAUGAAGCAAAGUUACAUCUGUGCCCUCAUCGCUAUGAUGGCCUGGAGCAUCACCUACCACAGCUGGCUGACGUUCGUGCUGUUGAUUUGGUCAUGCACCCUUUGGAUGAUACGCAACAGGAGGAAAUACGCCAUGAUCAGCUCGCCUUUCAUGGUUGUCUAUGCAAACCUGCUGCUGGUAUUGCAGUACAUCUGGAGCUUUGAACUUCCUGAAAUUAAGAAGGUCCCAGGAUUCCUAGAAAAGAAGGAGCCAGGAGAGCUUGCUUCAAAGAUUCUCUUCACCAUCACAUUUUGGCUGCUUCUGAGGCAGCACCUCACAGAGCAAAAGGCCCUUCAGGAAAAAGAGGCGCUUCUGUCUGAAGUCAAAAUUGGAAGUCAAGAACUUGAGGAGAGGGACGAUGAGGAACUCCAAGAUAUACAAGUAGAAGGAGAGGCCCCAGAGAAGGCAGAAGGGGAAGAGGAAAUAAAGGAAGAACGGCAUGAGCUAAAGAAGGAAGAGGAGGAGGAAGUGGAGGAAGAUGAUGACCAGGACAUCAUGAAGGUGCUAGGCAAUCUGGUGGUGGCCCUGUUCACUAAAUACUGGAUCUACGUGUGCGGGGGCAUGUUCUUUUUCGUCAGCUUUGAGGGGAAAAUCGUCAUGUACAAAAUCAUCUACAUGGUGCUGUUCCUGUUCUGUGUGGCCUUGUACCAGGUUCACUAUGAAUGGUGGAGGAAAAUUCUGAAGUACUUCUGGAUGUCGGUGGUCAUUUAUACCAUGUUGGUGCUCAUCUUUAUAUACACUUACCAGUUUGAAAACUUCCCAGGCCUGUGGCAAAACAUGACCGGCUUAAAGAAAGAAAAGCUUGAGGAUCUCGGCCUGAAGCAGUUCACUGUAGCGGAGCUGUUCACACGCAUUUUUAUCCCCACUUCCUUUCUGCUGGUGUGCAUCCUCCACCUCCACUACUUCCAUGACCGGUUCCUGGAACUCACAGACCUCAAGUCUAUUCCCAGCAAAGAAGACGCCACUAUCUACAGAUUGGCCCACCCUGAAGGAAGCCUCCCAGACCUAGCCAUUAUGAAUAUGACCACCACCAGCCUGGAGAAGCCUGAGGUGCAGAAAAUGGCGGAGCCUGGGGCAGAGAGGCCAGAAGAAUGUGCCAAGAAGGCAGAAAAGGGUGAGCCGGGGAAAGACAGCGACGAGUCUGAAGAGGAGGAAGAGGAGGAAGAGGAGUCGGAGGAGGAAGAAACCUCAGAUCUAAGGAACAAGUGGCUCCUGGUGAUUGACCGCCUCACCGUGCUCUUCCUAAAAUUCCUGGAGUAUUUUCACAAGUUGCAGGUGUUUAUGUGGUGGAUCCUGGAGCUGCACAUCGUCAAGAUCGUCUCGUCGUACAUCAUCUGGGUGACUGUGAAAGAGGUGUCUCUGUUCAACUAUGUAUUUUUGAUUUCUUGGGCAUUUGCUCUGCCAUAUGCCAAACUCCGUCGCGUGGCUUCUAGUGUCUGCACUGUCUGGACAUGUGUGAUCAUCGUCUGCAAAAUGUUGUACCAGCUGCAAACCAUUAAGCCUGAGAACUUUUCUGUCAACUGCUCCUUGCCCAAUGAAAAUCAAACCAACAUACCCCUUAAUGAGCUGAACAAGUCUCUUCUCUACAGUGCCCCUGUUGAUCCCACUGAGUGGGUCGGCCUGAGGAAGUCCUCCCCUUUGCUCGUCUACCUGAGGAAUAAUCUCCUGAUGUUGGCAAUUUUGGCCUUUGAAGUCACCAUUUACCGCCAUCAGGAGUACUAUCGAGGCCGAAACAAACUGACCGCUCCAGUGUCCAAAACUAUAUUUCAUGACAUCACAAGAUUACACCUAGAUGAUGGACUUAUCAAUUGUGCCAAAUAUUUUAUAAACUACUUCUUCUACAAGUUUGGCCUAGAGACCUGUUUCCUAAUGUCGGUGAAUGUGAUCGGACAGCGGAUGGAUUUCUAUGCCAUGAUUCAUGCCUGCUGGCUGAUCGGUGUCUUGUAUCGACGCAGAAGAAAAGCCAUCGCGGAGGUCUGGCCCAAGUACUGCUGCUUCCUGGCUUGCAUCAUCACCUUCCAGUACUUUGUCUGCAUAGGCAUCCCACCUGCCCCCUGCCGAGAUUACCCGUGGAGAUUCAAGGGUGCCAACUUCAAUGAUAACAUCAUCAAGUGGCUGUACUUCCCGGAUUUCAUCGUGCGGCCCAACCCUGUGUUUCUUGUCUAUGACUUCAUGCUGCUCCUGUGUGCCUCCUUGCAACGGCAGAUCUUUGAGGAUGAAAACAAGGCAGCUGUGCGCAUCAUGGCGGGGGACAACGUCGAGAUCUGCAUGAACCUCGACGCCGCCUCAUUCAGCCAGCAUAAUCCUGUGCCAGAUUUCAUUCAUUGCAGAUCUUACUUGGACAUGUCCAAAGUGAUCAUCUUCAGCUACCUCUUCUGGUUCGUCCUCACCAUCAUCUUCAUCACGGGAACAACCAGGAUCAGCAUAUUUUGCAUGGGUUACCUGGUGGCCUGUUUCUAUUUCCUGCUCUUUGGGGGUGAUUUGCUUCUGAAACCCAUCAAGAGCAUCCUCCGCUACUGGGACUGGCUGAUUGCAUACAAUGUGUUUGUGAUUACCAUGAAAAACAUCCUGUCGAUAGGAGCCUGUGGCUACAUCGGUGCGCUAGUGAGAAACAGCUGCUGGCUGAUCCAGGCGUUCAGUCUGGCCUGCACAGUGAAAGGCUAUAAAAUGCCUGAGGAUGACUCCAAAUGCAGGCUGCCCAGUGGGGAGGCGGGAAUCAUCUGGGACAGCAUCUGCUUUGCCUUCCUCCUGCUUCAGAGAAGAGUCUUCAUGAGUUACUACUUCCUGCACGUUGUGGCUGACAUCAAAGCCUCCCAGAUCCUGGCAUCCAGAGGGGCUGAACUUUUCCAGGCUACGAUUGUGAAAGCUGUAAAGGCAAGAAUCGAGGAAGAGAAAAAGUCCAUGGAUCAGCUAAAGAGACAGAUGGAUCGCAUCAAAGCCCGGCAACAAAAGUACAAAAAGGGUAAGGAGAGGAUGCUGAGCUUGACCCAGGAGUCAGGGGAAGGCCAGGACAUCCAGAAACUCUCAGAAGAAGAUGAUGAAAGAGAAGCAGACAAACAGAAAGCCAAGGGCAAAAAAAAGCAGUGGUGGCGGCCUUGGGUUGAUCAUGCUUCCAUGGUCAGGAGCGGAGACUAUUAUUUAUUUGAAACGGAUAGUGAAGAGGAGGAAGAAGAGGAGCUUAAGAAGGAAGAUGAAGAACCCCCGCGGAAGUCAGCUUUCCAGUUUGUCUAUCAAGCCUGGAUUACUGAUCCUAAAACAGCACUCCGACAGAGGAGGAAAGAGAAAAAGAAGUUGGCCAGAGAAGAGGAGAAAGGAAGACGCAAAGGAUCUGGGGACGGUCCAGUGGAAUGGGACGAUCGAGAGGAUGGGCCAAUCAAAAAGAAAUCCGAUGGCCCAGAUAAUAUCAUCAAGAGGGUAUUUAAUAUUCUGAAGUUUACCUGGGUCCUAUUCCUGGCCACGGUGGAUAGUUUCACCACUUGGCUCAACUCCAUCUCAAGGGAACACAUCGAUAUAUCCACAGUUCUGAGGAUUGAAAGGUGCAUGCUGACCCGAGAGAUUAAGAAGGGCAACGUUCCAACGCGGGAGAGCAUCCACAUGUACUACCAAAACCACAUCAUGAACCUUUCCAGAGAGUCAGGACUGGACACAAUUGACGAGCACCCUGGCGCUGGUUCCAGGGCCCAGGCAGCUCACAGGAUGGAUAGCUUAGAUUCCCAUGACAGUAUCUCCAGUGAGCCCACACAGUGCACCAUGCUGUAUUCACGCCAAGGGACGACAGAAACCAUUGAGGAGGUGGAGGCUGAAGCUGAGGAGGAGGUGGUAGAGGGUCUGGAGUCUGAGCUCCGUGACGCAGAAGACAAGGAGUAUGUGGCAGAGUAUGAGGCAGGGGUAGAGGAGGUCAGCCUCACGCCGGACGAGGAGUUGCCUCAGUUCUCCACAGACGAUGGGGACGUGGAGGCCCCGCCCUCCUACAGCAAGGCUGUCAGCUUUGAGCAUCUGUCCUUUGCCUCUCAAGAUGACUCCGGGGCCAAGAACCACAUGGUGGUCAGCCCCGACGACAGCCGUACAGACAAGCUGGAGUCGAGUAUCUUACCGCCCCUGACUCACGAGCUGACAGCCAGUGAGCUGUUGAUGAACAAGAUGUUCCGCGAUGAUGAGCUGGAAGAAUCCGAGAAAUUCUACGUGGACCAGCCGCGGUUCCUGCUGCUUUUCUACGCCAUGUACAACACCCUGGUCGCCCGCUCAGAAAUGGUGUGCUACUUCGUGAUCAUCCUCAACCACAUGAUCUCUGCGUCCAUCAUCACCCUCCUGCUGCCCAUCCUGAUCUUCCUCUGGGCCAUGCUGUCUGUCCCCAGGCCCAGCCGCCGUUUCUGGAUGAUGGCCAUCGUCUACACUGAGGUGGCGAUCGUAGUAAAAUAUUUCUUCCAGUUCGGCUUCUUUCCUUGGAAUAAGGACUUGGAAUUGAACAAGGACAAGCCCUACUUUCCCCCAAACAUCAUAGGAGUGGAGAAGAAAGAGGGCUAUGUUCUCUACGACCUCAUUCAGCUGCUGGCUCUGUUCUUCCACCGCUCCAUUCUGAAGUGUCACGGCUUAUGGGACGAGGACGACAUCGUUGACAGUGGCACGGACAAGGAGGAGUCUGAUGACGAGCUGUCCCUUGAUCACGGCAGAAGAGGCUCCUCGGAUUCACUCAAGUCCAUCAACCUGGCUGCUUCCGUGGAGUCUGUGCAUGUGACCUUCCCAGAGCAGCCAGGGGCCAUCCGGAGAAAACGUUCCUGCAGCAGCACCCAGAUCUCCCCACAAUCCAGCUUCUCUUCAAACAGGUCCAAAAGAGGUAGCACAAGCACGCGGAACAGUAGCCAGAGAGGAAGCAGUGUUUUGAGCAUUAAACAGAAAAGCAAAAGAGAACUUUACAUGGAAAAGCUUCAAGAGCAUUUCAUCAAGGCAAAGGCAUUUACCAUAAAGAAAACUCUGCAGAUAUACGUACCCAUUCGGCAGUUUUUCUACGACCUCAUCCACCCGGACUACAGUGCUGUGACUGACGUGUAUGUGCUGAUGUUCCUGGCCGACACUGUGGACUUCAUCAUCAUCGUCUUUGGCUUCUGGGCCUUUGGGAAACACUCGGCGGCUGCAGAUAUUACCUCUUCUCUCUCAGAAGACCAGGUCCCCGGGCCAUUCCUGGUGAUGGUUCUUAUUCAGUUUGGGACCAUGGUGGUGGACCGUGCGCUCUACCUCAGGAAGACUGUGCUGGGCAAGGUCAUUUUCCAGGUCAUUCUCGUGUUUGGGAUCCACUUCUGGAUGUUCUUCAUCUUACCCAGUGUGACGGAGAGGAAAUUCAGCCAGAACCUGGUGGCUCAGCUUUGGUACUUCGUGAAGUGUGUGUACUUUGGGUUGUCGGCCUAUCAGAUCCGCUGUGGCUACCCAACGCGCGUGCUCGGAAACUUCCUCACCAAGAGCUACAAUUAUGUCAACCUCUUUUUGUUUCAAGGGUUCCGCCUGGUCCCGUUCCUGACUGAGCUGAGGGCUGUGAUGGACUGGGUGUGGACAGACACGACCUUGAGUCUCUCCAGCUGGAUUUGUGUGGAGGACAUUUACGCGCACAUCUUCAUCUUAAAGUGCUGGCGAGAGUCGGAAAAGAGAUACCCCCAGCCCCGGGGCCAGAAGAAGAAGAAAGCGGUGAAGUACGGCAUGGGCGGCAUGAUCAUCGUCCUGCUCAUCUGUAUUGUGUGGUUCCCGCUGCUCUUCAUGUCUUUGAUCAAAUCCGUCGCGGGGGUUAUUAACCAGCCCUUGGAUGUGUCGGUCACAAUCACCCUGGGAGGGUAUCAGCCUAUCUUCACAAUGAGUGCCCAGCAAAGCCAGCUGAAGGUUAUGGACAAUGCAAAGUAUAAAACAUUCCUAAAGUCUUUCGCCACCAACACCGGUGCUAUGCAAUUUCUGGAGAAUUAUGAAAAAGAAGACAUAACGGUCGCAGAACUGGAAGGAAACUCAAAUUCUUUGUGGACCAUCAGCCCUCCCAGUAAGCAGAAAAUGAUACAGGAGCUCACCGACCCCAAUAGUUUCUUCUCUGUUGUUUUUUCAUGGAGUAUUCAGAGAAACAUGACUCUGGGUGCCAAAGCAGAAAUAGCAACCGAUAAGCUUUCUUUCGCCCUGGCAAACGAAACACGAAAUAAUAUAGCCAAAAUGAUCGCCGGCAACGACACAGAAAGCUCCAACACGCCCGUGACAAUAGAAAGGAUCUACCCGUACUAUGUGAAGGCUCCCAGUGAUUCAAACUCAAAGCCUAUAAAGCAACUUCUAUCUGAAAAUAACUUCAUGAACAUCACCAUCAUUUUGUUCAGAGACAAUGUCACCAAAUCCAACAGUGAGUGGUGGGUUCUCAACCUGACUGGAAAUAGGAUAUACAAUCAGGGGUCCCAAGCGUUGGAGCUGGUGGUCUUCAAUGACAAAGUCAGCCCCCCGAGUCUGGGCUUCUUGGCUGGCUAUGGUAUCAUGGGAUUGUACGCAUCAGUCGUCCUUGUAAUUGGGAAAUUUGUCCGUGAGUUCUUCAGUGGUAUCUCUCACUCUAUCAUGUUUGAAGAGCUUCCGAAUGUGGACCGGAUUUUGAAGCUGUGCACAGAUAUAUUUUUAGUCCGGGAGACAGGGGAGCUGGAGCUGGAAGAAGAUCUCUAUGCCAAACUGAUAUUCCUGUACCGAUCGCCGGAAACGAUGAUCAAGUGGACGAGAGAGAAAACAAACUGAUACCUUGAGACCCAGACUGCGAAGGGAGCUACCAUUUUCUUUUUAAUUAAGAAAAAGCACAACACUCUCAUAAGAGCUAAGCAUUUCUAGUCUGGCAGCAACGGUUUCUCUCUGGCAGGUGGCCGAAAGAAGCUGAUUUUGUCACUCAAGCCACCUUGCGCAUGAAGGCGCUGUUGAAGUUCUCUGUGCUCGCGUUUCUCUGAAAUCGGGGCUCUUUGCUUUAGAGUUUUCUCAGUCGACAGCGUCUUGAAUUCUUACCGAUUAUGUGAAAGGUUCAUGGAGGGUCCCCUCCCUCAGAGAAAAGGGAAAGGCACCUGUGUUUUACUCUCUGGGGACCUCAUCUUUCCUGACGUCAUGGUCAAAGCGCAACACACAGCUCUUCCCACACUGGGGAAACUGCUGAGCAGAGAGCCCCGGAGCCCUCCGCACACUCCAGAAGUGCAACAGCAAUAGGAGGCGGCCACACUGCCCGACGUUCAGGAGGAAAGGCGGGAGCCGUGACCCAGACGAUGCUGGUGGAAGGACAAGCCUCAGCCUAAGCAAAAAGAUAACAUUGGUGACACUCCUACUGCCUUAUCUCAACUGAAGACUAGUAAGAAUCUUUCUAUUAAACACCAGUGACUUCUCAGGAAAAAACACUCAGCAAAGCAACUCAGUGGACUCCUGCUUUGAGGUCGGGUGGUUGCCACCCCCAGGUAAUGGUGACCAUUCUGCUUCGGAUGGCUCCUAUUGCGCCAGAAACAGAAGGACAGCAGCGGUCAGUCCAGCGUGAUGGGAACACCUCAGCUUUGUAACUCCAGUGACUGAGGCCACAGGGCUCUUCUGCCUCUCCCCGCCCCUUCUGCCUCUCCCCGCCCCUUCUGCCUCUCCUCACCCCCUCUCAUAUGCUUUCUCCCAUCUCCGUGAUUUAAGGCAGUGGUUUUUCCAGUAUGACAUUUUCCUUGCUGUUUUUCAGGCAUAUCAAAGAGUUUACAUAUUCCAGUUCACAUUUUUACAUCUAAGAUGGGUUUUUUAAGUUCAUAAUUAUGAAAGAAAUAUGUAUAUUGAGCUUGGGGAAAUAAAAAAAUGGCCUUUUCUUAAAUUAUUAUCAUUGGAAACACAACCUCUUCAUGAAUUAGCAAUGUAGCAUGAAAAUUUAUGAGUGAAAUAUAGUUUUCAUUCAAUAUUAAAAAUAAAGUUUCUGAGAAGAAUCAUUGAAUGGGCUAGAAUCUGUCAAAAACCCACUCCUGUGUACUUGGGAUUCAGGACUGACUUAAAUAAAGCACAUCUUGCAAAGUCAA